CUUCUUACUACCUUUAGUCUAUUCCUCAAGCAUAUCUAGGUGUAAGGUAGGGACGAGAGACUCGCUCACUGAGUCGCCAGUUGUUGUAUACUUCGAAAGCAGGGCGGAGUUUCGGAGAAGCCUCCGAGAGCGAUUCACCGACUUCCUAAACGAGCAGGUACACAUAAUCCCCGCGGCUUUCAACUGCUUUCCCCGGUUUAAUGGGAUAAAGUCACGUCGGCCUUAGAGAACUUUCACCACGAUACUGACUUUCUAAGAGUGGACAAGGCCACAAUUGGCACAUUCUUCAAGAAGUCUUCCAGAAAAUACAGUGGAUGGGAAAGAUGAGGAACUUGUAGAUUCGAGUCAUUUUGAGAAACCAUCUCGCGUGCUCCAUAUCGUUCGAACCGAAUAACCCUUACCGAAUCCCACGUCGUCGACACCAAGUCUUACCGCAAUUGAAACAACACAGUGGAGCAUUACGCGCAAUGACCCUCACAACCAGGCAGCUCAAGAAAGCUGCACGGAUCAUCCUCAUCGGCGCUCCGGGGGUGGGGAAGGGAACGCAAACGGAGAGGCUCCUGUCCAAAUUUCCUGAACUUGCUUCUAUAAGCUCAGGCGACCUCUUGCGAGAGAAUGUCCGGAGGAGGACAGCACUCGGGCGGGAAGCAGAAGCCACAAUUCAAGCAGGAAACCUCGUUCCCGACUCCAUGAUUCUCAACCUCAUCUCUUCCGAAUUUAACUCCAGAGGCUGGCUCUCCAAAUCACAAUCAUCAGGCUCGUCUGUUUCCCCCUCAGCGUCCUUCAUCUUAGACGGGUUUCCUCGCACCGCCUCCCAGGCCGCGAGCUUGGACUCCCUGGUCCCCAUCAACUUUGUCGUCCACUUAGUCACUCCACCCUCUAUUAUUCUCUCCCGGAUAGCGUCGCGCUGGGUCCACGAGCCGUCUGGAAGGGUGUACAAUACCGAUUUCAAUGCUCCAAAGGUCCCCGGAAAGGACGACGUAACAGGAGAACCAUUGACUCAGAGGGAAGACGAUUCAAUAGAGACAUGGAAACAACGACUACAUAAAUUCGAAGAAACAAGCAAAGCUCUACUUCAACACUAUCAACAAAAGGGCUGUCUUUGGCGCGUGGAAGGCAACUCCAGUGACGAGAUCACUCCGAAGCUUCUAGCGGAGUUUGAGCGGAAAUUCUGCUAGGCUGAUUAUGGCUUGGGUCAUACCAUAGAUGCGUUCUUGUACUUUUACUAUAUUAUACUGUGCCGUAACGCCAGUACCAGCGGUCCCAUACUGGGACACAUAUACCCGCCGUUGCUUGGGAA